AAUCCAGACUUUUCGGAGGAGACUGCGAUGAGGUGGUGUCCGUCCUGCUGUGAGAAUUACUGGUCGCCGUCUGAUUUCGGCAACUGCAGAAAGUGCUACGAGGAAGCUAACAAGACCAAGGAGGAGCUCAAGCACGAGAACGACGAUCUCAAGGCCAAGGUCGACUUCCUCUCCCUCCCCUUAGGCCUUCACUCCCCUUCCUUCUCCGACGUUGUCCUCGUCGCCUCCGACGAUGGUCUCGGUCACUCCGACGCCAUUCCAGUUCCCAUCCCUGCCCAUCGGGCCGUUCUGGCCAGUCGCUCCCCAGUUUUCAGAGCCAUGCUUGAAAAUGAGAUGGAGGAAAGCCUGAGCGGUACCAUCAAAUUAGGUGAUGUAUCAUGUGAUGCUCUUCACUCCUUUGUCCAUUAUCUGUACAGUGCAGAGGCAAGCCUUGAUGAAGGAAUGGCCAUUGACCUUUUAGUAAUGGCCGAGAAAUAUCAAGUGAAACAUCUCAAGACCUAUUGUGAAAAGUACAAGGUGUCCAAGUUGGUCUGGGAGAAUGCCCUCAUGAAUUUUGCCUUUGCACGCCAAUACAACGCUAAGAUCUUAGAAAAGGCAGCCUUAUUAUUGAUCAUGGACAACAUGGAUAAGCUUAGCAAGUGUGAAGUAUAUAUAGAGCUCGUGGAGAAGGAUCCCCGGCUUGUUGUAGAAAUCUAUGAGGCUUAUCUCUCGAUGCACUCGCAAGGUUGAAAUUGGAUGUACAUGAAUUCUCAUGUGACGUGGCAGGUUAAUACUGCUGCACUCGCAAGGUUGAAAUUGGAUGUACAUGAAUUGUCAUGUGAUGUUGGAUUUAGAAGAAUGUGAA